AUGGACCGCGUGGAGCUGCAAAGAGUCAACACAGAUCUUGAUGAUGAUAGCAACAGUGGGGACAGCAUUGAAGAUGGAUACUGCAAAGAAAUCGAUUCUGAAAAAGCUACAAUAAACAGUCAGUAUGUUGAUGAAGGCGAUGCAGAAAGUCAGAAGUUUCUAACAAAUGGUAUAGGCGGAAAGAAAAAACUGGAUGAAUAUGCAGAUGAGCAUCAUCCUGGGACCACUUCAUUUGGCAUGUCAGUAUUCAACCUGAGCAACGCUAUCAUGGGCAGUGGAAUUCUUGGUCUCUCCUAUGCAAUGGCUAAUACAGGCAUUAUACUGUUUGUGGUGCUUCUUCUUGGAGUUGCCAUUUUAUCAUUGUAUUCUGUACAUCUCCUGUUAAAGACAGCAAAGGAAGGAGGUUCAUUAAUUUAUGAAAAAUUAGGAGAAAAAGCUUUUGGAUGGCCUGGAAAAUAUGCAGCUUUUAUAUCUAUUACCAUGCAAAACAUUGGAGCUAUGUCAAGCUACUUGUUUAUUGUGAAAUAUGAACUUCCUGAAGUAAUGAGAACUUUCAUGAAACUGGAAGAGAAUUCAGGGGAAUGGUAUCUGAAUGGGAACUAUCUGGUGAUCUUUGUAUCCAUUGGGGUCAUUCUUCCACUGGCUAUGUUGAAGAAUUUAGGUUAUCUUGGAUACACAAGUGGAUUUUCUCUGUCUUGUAUGGUGUUUUUCGUCAGUGUGGUGAUUUACAAGAAAACUCAGAUACCAUGCCCCUUACCUUUGCUGGACUCCCAUUAUGGAAAUUUGACAAGCAAUAAUACUUAUCAUUUGCACCCCCUUAUGAUACAAAAUUACACCAUUGAUUCCGGUGUAAACUUUAUGAUGGAUUACAAUCAAGGAGAGACAGCAGGGAUUGGUGAACACAAAGACAAUACCCAUGGAAAUGGGGUAGAAUUUGAAGCUCACACAGAUGAAAAAUGCAAGCCCAAAUAUUUUGUGUUCAACUCCCAGACAGCCUAUGCUAUUCCAAUCUUGGCCUUUGCUUUUGUGUGCCAUCCAGAGGUGUUACCAAUUUACAGUGAGCUCAAAAGUCGAACCCGAAGAAAAAUGCAGAGCGUUUCCAAUCUGUCAAUAACAGCAAUGCUCGUAAUGUAUCUCUUUGCUGCACUUUUUGGCUAUCUUACAUUUUAUGGAGAAGUUCAAGACGAAUUACUUCACACCUACACAAAAGUAUAUAAAUUUGAUACCCUUCUUCUCUGUGUCCGCGUAGCAGUCUUGGUGGCAGUAACCUUGACAGUGCCAAUUGUUUUGUUCCCGAUUCGCUCAUCACUCACUACACUGUUGUUUCCUGGAAGGCCAUUCAGCUUGCUUAGGCAUUUCGUGAUUGCCCUCAUCCUUUUGGUUUUUAAUAAUACUCUGGUCAUAUUUGUGCCCACUAUUAAGGAUAUCUUUGGCUUCAUUGGUGCAUCUGCAGCAACAAAUCUGAUCUUCAUUCUUCCAGCUGCAUUCUAUCUACGAAUAGUGAAAAAGGAAUCUUUCCGUUCUCCACAGAAAAUUGGGGCCCUUGUAUUCCUUAUUGUUGGAGUCAUAUUUAUGAUUGGAAGCAUGUCACUUAUUAUAUCCGAUUGGAUCCAUAACCCACUUUCCUCCAAGCAUCAUUAA